UUCUAAUUCUUUCUCUAGGAGGAGGGUUUUUGAUGGAAGCUGUCCAUUGUGGAGGUUGGUUUAUAUUCUAGAAGAACUGCCUAUAGGUUACUUGGAAAAAGUUUUAACAAUAUAGAAUGAAUGUUGGAUAAAGUUCAAGACGAGGAGACAAAUGGUGAAGGGGAGUUAACUGAAUGUAUAGCACAACAGAACACCUGUAACUUAAUGUUCCGAGAGAUAACUUCAAUCAUUCAGUCAUUUAGAGGAAAACCAUUGAGGGAGCAAAUGAAGACAAAGAACUUUUAUGCAGUGAUUUUAUUCCUGCUGGCUGCUGUGACCACACUAUGGAUUUUAGUCGACCCUUCCCCUAGCCUGCACACGAUCGUCUCGGAAACACACAAACAGAUCUCAAAUAUCAAAAAUAUUCCAUCAAAUAUUCGACAUACCAAGAAAAAAUUACUAGAAGUUGAUCAUAAAUACUUAGACUUACUAGGAUUUCCAACAUCUACAGUUAAACCUGUAGUGAAUAAAUCAAAAUCAGCUGUAUUGAAAACAGAUCCUGUUGUCGUGGUUCCCGUGUUUUCUUCAGCAUUUGAAGCAGCUAGAAGAUUUCUAGCGUCAGUCAGAAGACACUUGCCAGAGAAGUUUGUUGUGUUCUACGAUCUUGGAUUAGGUCUAAAAGAUAGUCUUAUGCUAAAGAAGACGUGUAACUCAACAAAGUACAAUUGUGAAGUGAAAUUAUUUACAUACAACAAGUAUCCAUCUCAUGUUCAUUCCCAAGCACUAGGUAGUUAUGUGCCUAUUUGUAUACAAGAAAGUUUAAAGGAAUAUGGAGCUGUCAUAUGGUCUAUUCCACAAGAAUAUUUCCUCACUAAAGAAAUAUCAUCAGUUGUGUCGGUAGCGAAGGAGGCUGGUAUAGCAGCAUGGACAAUCAAAGAUACCACCUCGAGUAACACGUAUCCAAAAAUGUUCACAUAUUUUGAUGAAAAUCCAGAAAACUACUAUUUUCACAGGGCGAUAAAGACAUCACAUUUAAUUGUGUAUAAUACAGAUUUUGUUCAAUCUAAUAUAAUGUUGCCAUGGAUCAAAUGUGCGUUGGUCGAAGAAUGUAUCAGUCCAACCGGCUCACAGAAUUCUGGCUACUGUUACCAGCCAAAACCAAGAUAUCUAUACACCGGUUGCCACCACUAUGAACAGUCCGCGUUGAAUGUGAUUCUUGGAAAAGCAUUUUCUUAUGAUAACACUGAAUAUUCAACAACUGAAAAAAUAUUUGGCGUAGAACAUUUUAAUAAAACAGACGUUGAUGAUAUGAAAUAUACAGAUUCAUGGCUGGAUGGAAAAAGUUGAACAAUAAUUUAAUUAAUUUAUUUCUUAAAAUAAGUAGAAGAUUAUGAUUGAAAUGUUAGAAUUCAGAAUUGAAAUAACGAAGGAUGAGGAGGAAUAAAAAGCACCUUAUAAAAUAUGUCAUGUAAAAGAGUACACGCCAUAUUGCCCAUGAACAAAUAUUUAAACUGAUCCAAAGCUUUAAAUAUAGGACUUAUUCAAACAGAAAACCUGUGAUCUGAUGAUUGCUUCAAAAUAAAAUACAACAGCGACUGAAUGUUUAGAAUUUGAUAUUGUGGUUACGUUUGCUGAAGAAAUUAUGUCAUAACUUAAUACUGCAGCUGCCAAUGGGGCUCUGUUUUCUAUGAAUACUAGUAGUAUAUUUGCAUACAUUUGUUAGUGUAUUCAAGAAAAGUUCAUGUAAAGCGACCCAAUUACAGUCAUGGAUUACACCACAGUACCUAAUGAUGUAUCCAAAUACAGUUUACUCUCAAUAAGUCAAAAUCGCUUAACUCAAAAUUCCGCGUAAGUCGAAGAAUUCCUAAAGUCCCGUCAAAUUUCCUUCUUUAUCUUUGUAUUUUAACUCCGCUUAGGUCAAAUUUUGACUUAGCGAGACUCCUGUUUAGUCAAAAAAAAAUUUGGUCCGGUCAAUUAAAGUCCAACAUGUUUUCAUCUUAAUUAGUCGAAGUUUGAAGACAGCCAUCGGAUCAAAGGUCGGCGACAUCAAGGCGAGACGUUGUCACUCAUGAUUCACACGUGUCAUAGUAAUUUUAAUUGCCGGUCAUUAUGUAUUAUUAACACGUCGUAAAAGUGGAUUUAAUCGGUUUCAGGGCUUAAUUGGUUUUAACAGUUAGAUAACUUAUUUAAGAUUUGAUUUAUUUAAUUGUAAUUACGUUUACCAGCAGACUAGUCCAUAUUUCUUUAAGAAAGUUGACUCGUGCCAGUCUGACAGGUGUUAGUCAAAUAACAGCCUAGAUAUCAAGGUAAAUGAAAUUUGUAUAAUCAAUGUUCUGUCAUACUGCAUACAUUAAUAUGUACUUCCGGUUUACGAUAGUUGCUACUUUCGUUUUCGUCUGAUGAUCAAUUCACUUCAAAUAUUAGAUAAAUUGUUGUUAAAGUAAAUGUGUUAUUGUGCUUUUAUUGUAAUGAAUUGUCGUGAGUGCUUAUUAAAGACGCGUGCAUUGCCGCUGUCAACAAUAACAAACCUACUUCUUUGCACAUUCAGUCAGGCACAUGCAUUUAUAUGUACGAAUGUCAACGUAAUGGCGGCAGAUUCACGUUACUCGAAUUCCGUUUCUCUCGAAGUAGAAUGCCCAGUCCCUUGGAUUUCGAGUUACCGAGAGUCAACUGUAGUUGGAAAUACAUGAUUUGGCUUUGCUAACUUUAACUUCUUAAGACAUAGCUUUACAAACUUGUAAGCUCUCUGCUUUUCUGGUAAAUGUGUUCUUGCCAAUUUUAUGCAAUGUUUUUUUAUCAAUCUUUAAUUAAAAUCUAAAUUAAACCAAGUAUCUAAUUAAAUCAGAUCAUCAAUUUCACUUUUAUACAAUGUCUUACCUGAAAUAAAACAGUUGAGCACCAGUGAGGAUAAUCUGAUAUGAGAUAGUCAUACUGGUUUAACACAAAAAAAGAAAAAAUGAAAUCACAAUAGUUUAUUUUUGGAAUAUGAAAACUGUUCAAUUAACUGAAUAUUUAAUUAAACAAUUUGUGUUCUAAACUUUCCCUGCCUUGGAUUUGGAACAGUGCAAUGUUUGUUUGUUGUUUUUAUUGGAUAAGGAAUUUGAACCCAGUGCAAGUUGCAUGGAAUUGCAGCUUUGACUAGUUUUAUAUUGCCACAUUAUUGAUGCAAGUGUUAAAAUAGUUAGUAUGAAGAAGAUUUGGUUUCUUUUAUCCCCUAAACUUUCUAAGGGAACCAGCUGUUCUGUAACCUAGUCACAUCUCGUGUUUGUUUUAUAAAUUUUUACGUGUUGAUGGUCACAUGGGUAUACAAAUGUAAAUGUGUAUGUUCCUGAUAAUAAGAGUGCUGUUGAUGAAUAUAUUGACCAUAUGUUGUCUUUCUUAUAUUAAAUUCUUUUUUAACACGUUCAUUGAUUGGAUAUUUAAUUUUGUUUUGUACCAUAUGUAUUAGUUUUAAUGUUACUGGAAAUUAAAUUAUGCUUAAAAU